AUGCGUGUAAACAGGCGUGGAGAGGUGGUCACGGGGAGCCCCUGGCCACCCCUCGCUCUGUCCCCUCCCCACCCCAGGGGCACCCGGAGCCACGAGUGUACUCUGUGCGGGAAGGUCUUUGGAUGGGCAGGGGACCUGAAGCGACACAUGCGGACACACACUGGGGUGCGACCGUUUCAGUGUCCUCACUGCCCUGAUGGUGUUACAAGCCUAUUUAGUGGUUAUUCCUUGUGUAGUGCAAAAACCAAGCCCUAUUCUGAAAAUAAAAUUGUUAGGCCUGUGGGAGUAGAUUCAGAAAAUGGCCUGAAGCACACCCUUGUGUUUCAGGGCCCAGGGGAGUGGAACGCCUAUGGCAGCUGGGAUGUGGGAGUGGUAGGCAAGCAGAGAGGGGCACAGCCCCACCAUGGGAGGAUUACAUCAACCAGUGGUGGACUGUCAGACCCCCUAGCCGUUACCUCCACAGGCAGUAGGCAGCAGUUAAGCACCGCGAGGCCAUCCAAGACCGCAGACAAGGUCUUUGGCUGCCCUACUUGUGGCAAGACCUUCAACAAUGCGAAGGAUUGUAGGAGACAUGCUGUCAUCCACACGGGGAUAAAGCCCUUUAAAUGCCCUUACUGCCCACACCGUGCCAACCUCAAGUUCAAUUUGACCAAACAUAUUCAGGCGAAACACAAGCUAAUGCAGCAUGUGACACUGGGCUGA